AUGUGGCUGAAGCUGUCGAGCAUCCAUGAGCAAAAAAGUGCCGCAAAUAAAUUGACUCUCACGACAAAGUUCCACGAACAUCAAAUGGCACCCGGAGAAUCAGCAGUUCAGCACAUGGCCAAGAUCGAAAACCUUGCCAAUCAAUUAAAAGAUGUCGGCGAGAACGUUUCUGACGUCAUGAUCAUGGCCAAGAUUCUGGGCACUCUCCCGCCGAAAUUCAACGCCUUCAUAUCGGCAUGGGACAGUAUGGCCGAGGCAAAUCAGACGCUGGCCAAUCUACGCGAAAGGAUCAUUCGAGAGGAGAGUCGUCUCUCCAGCGCAGAUGAGGUGGCCGCCGCUUUAGCAGCAUCGAGUAUAUCCAACAGCGGUGAACAAAAAAAUCUGGAAAAGAACGAUAGUCCGAAUGCCGAAACGCGCGAUAAUUCAUAUGUUGCGUCGGACAGUGAUUCCGCAAAUUUUAGUGCUUUUGUCGUGGCGUCUGGAGGUGAACAGUUGUCGGAGGCUAGCUCGAAUUCUCUGCUGUUGGAUCGCGAUGCCGGUUCGUCCCGUGAGGGUUGUGAUGAGCAGCUGUGGCUUCUCAAUAGCGGUGCUUCGCGCCACUACUCUUGCAGGCGCGACUGGUUUUCGGAGUUCGCUCCCUUAAGGAAUGAAAAUGUUUACUUGGGGGACAACUCGGUACUGAGGGUUGAAGGAAUUGGAAAAAUUCCAAUCACACGUCUUGUUGAUGGAAAAUGGCUUAAAGGGGAGAUCAACAACGUGUUUUUUGCCCCGGCACUAAAAAGAAAUUUGCUCUCAGCCGGGACUUGUACAUCCCUCGGUCAGACGAUUGUUUUCACCGGCGAUCGGGCCAAAAUUCACUCCAAAGAUAACGUCCUGAUCGCCGAGGGGGCGAAGUUACCGAACAAUCUGUCGCGUAUGCUCAUCAGGUCCGGGUCAAAGCGCGAAAACUACAGACUCAUCAGCGUUGCCACGGGUCGAAUAACGGUGUCGCGAAACGUCUUCUUUAACGAGGAUUCUUUUAAAAAUGCUAAAAACGACGGCGUUUGGUUUCCCAUUGACAAAGUAUCGGAGAAAGCGAAUCAACCUCAAAUCGUAGAAGGUAAUGAAACCGUGUCCGCGUCCACGUGCGAUGCUGAUGGGGAUUCUGUAGAAUCAGAUGAUUAUCACACUGUACAUGGCAAUGGCGAAGGGAGCGACAAUCGAGGUGGGUAUGAGUUGCGAUCUCGUGAAAGUUUGCAUGCCCCCAACAGAUACGUUUGCGCUGUUGAAUGUAGUGGCUUGUAUGAUGUACCGAAGAAUUACCGGGACACGUUAAGCCGUGACGAUUCAAUGCUUUGGCAAAAAGCUAUAGAUGAAGAGUUGAAUGCUCAUGCAAAGAAUAAGUCCUGGGACGUAGUAAAAUUGCCCGAGGGGAGAAGCUCUAUCGGCUUUAAGUGGGUAUUUAAAGUUAAAAAUGUGGAAUCCGAGGGCAAGCGGCGAUAUAAAGAACGCCUAUGCGCCCAAGGAUUCUCCCAACAACCCGAUAUCGAUUAUGACGAGAUCUUCUCUCCUGUCGUCCGUUAUGAAUCUAUAAGGACCUUGUUAUCCGUCGCCGUUCAUGAAAGUCUAUGUUUGAUUCAGUUUGAUGCGAGCACCGCGUACUUAAAUAGCGAACUCAACGAAAGCAUAUACAUGCGAAUUCCCGAUGGCCUUGGCAUACGAGGCAUGGAGAUAACUCAUGAGCCAGGCUUUAUUUUUGUAAAUCAAAAAUCGUAUAUCAGCAGGGUAUUAGAGAAAUUUAAAAUGUUAGACGCGAAUCCUGUGAAAACUCCGGCUGAUUCACAGUGCAGGUUGAAUGCUCCCGCUAAGAGGACCAAGUUACACGUGCCUUAUCGUGAACUCGUAGGAUCGCUUUUAUACCUCGCCAUUAUCCCGCGAUCUGAUAUUGCGUACGUUGUGGGUGUGGUGAGAGAAGGUGUAAUUAACACCAUAUAUGUAAAUACAAAUAAUCAGUGCGCCGAUAUUUUAACAAAAGCCCUUGUGAAUGACAAAUUUGAAUCCCAACAAUCUAAUCUCAACAUAGUUAAGGGUGUACCAAAAACACUCAAAUAG